UAUAUAUAUAUAAUCUUAUAUAUCCUCUUUAAGUUGUAUGAAGUUUUCGUCUCCAUCCAUUUUCGACGUUUCCGGUUCGUUCUCUCUCUCUCUCUCUCUCUCUCUCUUCUUCUCUCUCUCCCACCAAAACCCUAACUCCUCGAUCCAAAUUGAACUCUCCCCUUCGUCCAAUUCUCGUCCCUUCGCCCUACGAUCGCAGCAAUGGACCCUACGACCGACGACGAGGAGGCGGGGAUCUCCGGCGUCGGCGGCGGCGGCGUACGCGGCGAGUCGUCGGCGGCGGUGGAGGCGGCGGCGCGGGUGGUCCCUCGGCGAGCGCGAGGUCCGAUCCCUAGCCGCGCUCCGCGGCGCCUUGGUCUCCGCCAAGGAUCUCCUCCGAUCCGUGUACAACGGGAGUAAGAUCUAUCAGGCACUACAAAGAGAAAACUUUGCCAGCAAAUUCCUAGAGGUGAAUGAGAAAAUUGAGAAAGCACUGGAUGAUUUAUCCUAUGGCAACCUUCAUAUCUCUGAAGAAGUUUUAGAGCAGGUUGAACUCGUGCACGCGCAGUUUCGAAGAGCAAAAGUGACAAUGGACUCUCCCGAUCCACAACUUGUUGGAGAUUUAUUUUGCGCAAAAGUUGAAAAGCCCUGCGACAAUCUUAUCCUUAAAAGAAUUUCAGAAAAUUUGCAACUGAGAACAAUGAACGACAUGAAGAAAGAGUCAGUUGCUCUACAUGAAAUGGUGAUUUCAAGUGAUGGUGUUCCAGAUGAGUGCCUUGAAGAAAUGUCAUCCUUGCUAAAGAAUCUUACGGACUGUGUAUUAGAUGAGAAUCCGACUUCUGAUACCGUCCAAAGCAAAACUAGCCCUAUAAAAAAUACAUCUCCUGUUAUUCCGGAUGAGUUUCGAUGCCCCAUAUCUCUUGAGUUGAUGAGGGACCCUGUCAUUGUCUCCACUGGACAGACUUAUGAGAGGUCCUGCAUCCAAAAAUGGCUCGACAGCGGACACAAGACCUGCCCUAAAACCCAACAACACCUAUCCCACAGUGUCCUCACACCAAACUUCGUGUUGAAGAGCCUCAUUGCGCAGUGGUGCGAAGUAAACGGCGUUGAACUGCCGAAGAAUAAUAAAUCAGGCCACCGAGACAAGAAACAGGGGAAAGCUCCAGACUGUGAUCGUGCUGCUAUCCGCUUGCUAAUGCAGAAAAUAGCAAAUGGCAACAGCGACGAGCAAAGGGCGGCCGCAGGUGAGCUCCGAUUGCUUGCAAAGAGAAACGCAAACAACAGAGUAUGUAUUGCAGAAGCCGGUGCAAUCCCUUUAUUAGUGGAACUGCUCUCUUCUCCCGACCCAAGAACCCAAGAACAUGCCGUCACGGCCCUCCUUAACCUCUCAAUCAAUGAGGAUAACAAGGGUAGUAUUGUAAAUAAUGAAGCAAUACCAAAGAUAGUGGAAGUGCUUAAAAAUGGGAGCAUGGAAGCGAGAGAGAAUGCUGCGGCUACCCUUUUUAGUUUGUCUGUUGUGGAUGAGAACAAAGUAACUAUUGGUGCUAAGGGGGCGAUACCUCCGCUCAUUGAUCUUUUAUGUGAGGGCACCCCUAGAGGUAAGAAAGAUGCAGCGACAGCGAUUUUUAAUUUGUGCAUAUAUCAAGGAAAUAAGGUGAGAGCAGUGAAAGCCGGAAUUGUGGAUCACUUGAUGAGGUUUCUGGCAGAUUCGAGCGGUGGAAUGAUCGAUGAGGCACUCGCGAUUUUAGCGAUUUUAGCGAAUAAUCCAGAAGGGAGGGCCGCAAUAGUACAGUUGCGGCCUGUCGGCAGCUUGGUUGAGGUGAUAAGGACGGGAUCGCCGCGGAAUAAGGAGAAUGCUGCGGCGGUGCUGUGGUCUCUGUGCACGGCAGACGCGGCGCAGCUGGCCGCAGCGAGGGAGGUAGGGUCGGAGGAGGCGCUUAAGGAGUUAGCCGAGAUGGGGACGGAGCGCGCCAAGAGGAAAGCUGGGAACCUUUUGGAGCUCAUGCGCCAAGCAGCGGAGGCUUAAGUGUGCUCAUGCAUGGGGCAAAAUCAAGCAAAGCUGUUUGAUUUGAUUCUGUAGUCAAAAUGGAAGAGAAUAAAACUGGCUUGUAUAUGAUAUUUAAAAUACUGUAGCCUGAACAAGCUUCGUAAGAUUUGUUGGUGUUUCGAGAAAAGAGGAAUCAUAGAAUGGGGAAAAGAUUGUGUAAUAUAGAUUGUAGUGCGUAAUGUAGAUUUGGUUAUUGGUUAUGAGAUGUUGUAUGUAUAUGUUAUUUAUUGUGAGAAGAAGAAGUUACUAAUUCUCGGAGCAGAUUUCAA